AUGGCAUGGAAUGAGUUUCAGCUGGCACAAGGGGGGGAGCAAAACAUGACAAUUUGGCAGUGGGAGAGCAGGAGAAGGGCAGGAGAUGGGUUGCACCGCAAGCUGGCUGGAUCAAGCUCAAUACUGAUGCAGCUUUGGACCAAAAGCGUGGAGGAAGCUCUGGCAAUAAGAGAAGCUAUGGUAUUAGCCAAACGAAUGGGAUGGAGGAAAGUGGAGCUGGAAUCGGACUGUAAGUUAGUAGUGGACAAGAUCAAUGCAAGGGAGGAGGAAGUCAGCAUAGCCACAAUUCAGUUGGAUAUUUGGAGACUGAUGAAAGAUUUUGAUAAAUGUUGUUGUUCCUAUACUAGAAGGAGCAACAACUAUGUAAGUCACUAUUUAGCAAAGUUUGCUAUAACACUGAUUGAUGUAGCUGAAUGGAAGCUUAGCUUCCCAGCGUGGUUGCUUGAGUUAGCUCAAGCUGAUCUACAGGAGCAGUUGCUCUGA